AUGGCAAAAAGACAGAAAUGCCUAAUAUGUAACGACAGAGCAGAUUCUUUACAUUUCGGUGCAGUUUCAUGUCGCGCAUGUGCUGCAUUUUUUCGUAGAAAAGUAGCUGGAAAAAAACUGUUUCGAUUUAAUUGUGAUCGAAAAUGUCUGAUUGAAAUUUCACGGCAUCGAAAACUUUGUCAAGUUUGUCGAUUUGAAAAAUGCGUGUCUGUUGGGAUGAAAGAAACUGCUGUUAUAUCCAAGUUAUCACAGUUUCAACCUUCGACUUCUACAGAAUCUGAAUACCCAUUUUUAUUCAAAUUGACAAAGUUUCAUGAGACAAUUGAGGCAUCGAGAGAAGAUGUUUUUCAAAGAAAAAAGAAAGCUGCGAAAUCGGCAAAUUAUAAAAUGAUGAAUGAUAUUCUCAAAAAAGAUUUGGAUAUUUUAAUGAACAAUUUAUCUAUAGGAUUUGAAGAACUGUCAAAAUUUGAAAUUGAUCAACAAAAAGUUCUAGUCAAACAUUUUAUCGGACCAUUCGUUUUUCUAGAAGGUGGAUUCAAAUCAGCAAGUUAGUUUUAUACAUAAAAUAUCAAUUUAUAAUUAUAUUAUAGAUUAUAACAUUUUGAUUCUACCAAAUGAUGAUUAUGUCGAUUGCGAUAAACCAGAAGAAUUUUAUAAGGAUUCUGAAGAAGAAGAUUCAAAAAGGAGAAAAAGCUUAUGAGUUAGUUUGAAAUUUUCAUAUAUUUCAAGAAAAGAGAGAAUUUCCAGAGCAUUCAAACCUUAUUGGUCAAUUAAUCGCCAUAUUCUAAAAGCUGCUAUCGAUCAUGCACAGUUAGACAAAUUUGAAUUUCUCUUUUUAUGUGCUCUAAUAUUCUGGGAUUACGGGUUAAACAAUCAAAGUGAUGAGUCUAUUGAAAUUUGUCAGAACUUGAGAAAACAGGUCCUCGAAGAACUAUCGUCGUAUGAAAAGAAAAAACUAUUUAGGAGAUGCGUCUUAUCGAGUCGGUCAGAUAGUAAUCAUCCUUCAAGCAAUACAGGUUUUGUUUUUUAAAGAAUACAUUGAAAACAAUAAUUAAUGUUUAGCGGACCAUUCAUCUUCUAAACGAAACUCUCGAAAUUUCACUACUUUGUGA